AUCGAGACACCGCGGCACAGCACCAAGAGCUUAAAAGGAAAGAAUAUGGCAAAUGUUCCACCUCCACUCACCCUAGAACUUCCCAAGAAAAGUGAUCUUCCUAACACAUGCAAAGCUUGGAAUGAAGUCCAUCUUCCAAUUGACAUUCUUUUGUUGACAGUGGAGGACAGUGAGUUCUUAGCCUGUUUUACAUACUUAAGAAAUUCCUUUAAAAGCUACCACAAGAACCUUGGAUAUGUGUACUUUGGGAACAUGGGUGAAAAUGGAGAUGUGCCCCUAAAAGUUGCUUUGAUGACAUGUUCCAAAGGCUCUUCUGCUCCAGAUGGCUCACUGGUCACUGUUAAGAAUGCCGCGUUGGAACUGAGACCCAAAGCUGUUUUCUAUGUUGGCUGCUGCGGUGGGUUGAACCCAGAAGUCACCAAGUUACACCUGGGUGAUGUGGUGUUAUCCUCUAAGCUUACAACUGAAGCAUUCAAAACCCCAGUGGGUAGAGAUAUUUUACGCCUCAUCAGGUCUGCAGAUCAUGGUUGGAUUCCUCCAUUAAGAAAUCCAGAAGAUCAUAAAGUUCAGGUCUACUGUAAUGGGGAGAUUUUAAGUGGCAUAAACCCAGUCAGUGCUAAACAGCAAAACGUGUCACAUUUUACUGAAGCUACUGCAUUAGCAUUUGGUGGAGAAGGUAAGAUAUUUAUUCCCUGUUAAAUGACAUCAUUCCUCUCUUGUUACAUUUUCUUACGAGAGGAGUGGUGGCCCAUGGUCUACAUCUCAAACUUUAGAUCUAGAGGGUCCAGGUUGAGGCCUUACUGCACUUUGUGCUGUUUCCUUGGACAAGAAACUUUGAUUCACUGUCCCUCUCCAUCCAGGUGUGUAAAUGGGUGCUGGUUAUGAUCCUUUGUGAUCCUGUUUUCAAUCUGAUUUUUAAAGAUCUAUUCUAUGUUUGAACAAUGAUGUUUAUGUUUGUGUAACUUGCUGUAUUUUCUAUACUAAAUUAUGCAUAAAAAAUUGAUCGGAAGACAGUAGUUUAUGUAGUGUUUUCCUUUGGAUAAAAUACAAAAGGAUAGUUAAAUUCUAUUAACAUCCUAAUGCAUUAGCUGGUUUUUUGUUUGUUUGUCCUGUUUUUUUUAUUAUUUUUUAAAUAUGCUGAUUUAUAUCUGCCUUUUAAAAUCACUAUUACUAUUUUCUGCCUACCUGUCUGCAUGGUAAAUAAUAUUGUUUAUGUUGUCACAUCUUGAUCAACCCUGGCUGUGAUGCUCACUGGUGGAUCUGUUUGCAUCUUGAAUUUUUAAUGAUUUGUUGUUGUUUUUCCAGGCCUUUUUGCUGCCGCACAUGAUCUUAAGAUUGAAUGGGUGAUUGUAAAAGGUAUUUCUCAAUUUGCCGAUGGUACCAAGCCUGCAGAAAAUUCUUGGGAGAGUCAUGCAUGCUUAAUGGCAGCUUCUCUUGUGUCCAACAUGUUGAAGGAUCCAUUUGUGUUUGAGCAAUGGCCUCAUUAUGAAGGUAGGUGA